CGUUUUUUUUUUCUUCCUGGGUCCCCUGAGCUCCCUGGAAUUUUUUUUUUUUGAUCUCGUCCCGCAACUGGAACUUGCCGAUUGGAUUGGACCUGUCCGCCCGCCGGACGUUCUGACAUAUUACCACUAGCAGGACAGGAAAAAAGAGCCCACCAAGAGUUUGGAAGGAAAUUUUUUUUCUCGUUGCUAGUUUUUCUGCCGGCGAGGAGGGACGAGUUUUGUUAUACUCUUCCUUACCUAACCGACCAGCACGUCCUCCUCUCUUUUCUUGUUUUUGGCAGCCGCCCCCGAGAUACCAACUCUCGCCCUGGACAUUGGAAUGAGCAGGUCUGCUGUUCCCACAAUGGUCGGCAGAGAUAUGGCACAGCCGGAUUUUGCCUACAUGUCUGUCCCGACCAGCGGACCGUGGAGCUCUACUCGAAGCCCGGGCUACAAUGACGCCUACCAGCACAACGGUGGUGGUUUCGAGGCAGUGAAGCACACCUUUCAAAGGCAGCCAAGCUUGCCAUACAAUCCAGGAGCCUCUACAUACAGCCUGCCAGGCACUGUAUCCGCCCCGGGCCAACAGCUUCCGACCCAUCUCUCCCGUGCCGAAGCCGCAUUCUCGUCUGCAGGCGCCUUCAACCAGCCCCGCCCCCCACCAGGUGUCUUCCCGAGCAACCCGCCGCCCACCUUCGCUGCGUUCAAAAACCCGACCGCUCCAGGAUGGGACCACGCGGGCCGGUUCUCGCCGGCGGACUCGCUGGAUGACAUCAUGGCCUCCCCAAACUUGUCCGACUACUCCCUCGAGAACAGCGCGGGAACGACCCCGCCGGGCAAGAGCGGCAAACAUAACAACGCCAAGGGUGGCAACGGAGGAGCAGGUGGAGGCAGGCCACAACGGCGGCCUUCGAACCGCGACGAGUUUGAUGGCCCCCACCAGUUCCUGCAACGUCCACCGCCCGAGUACGUGGCGAUGCAGGAGCGGGAGUUGCCGCAUCUGCCAACCAACCUGCUGGUGCAGGAGCAGGACAGCGUCCUGACGCAGGUCAACGAUCGGCUAUCCCAAUGCGCCUACGACUUUGUGGCCAAGUAUCAGUUUCCGAUUCCGCUCACACAGGACAUGCGGCCGGUGGAGCGGCCGCAGGAUCGGGAGUGGACCGAGUGGGUGUACCUGCUCAAGAGGCUCGCGACCAAGCGGCGGAUCCCGGCCCGCGUCCUGUACAACGGGCAGAUCAAGCAGUUUGUCACCAUACUCGAGAAUUCGCUCGAGAUGAGGCACGCAGCCAAGCACCAGUCGAGGCCGCUCAAGGACGACCGCAACAUCCUGCAGCUCAUCUCGGCCGGCAUCCAGGUGGCCAAGAUCCUCAAGGACGCCCCGGCCAUGGACUACCUGGACAAACUAUAUGUCUCUACAGAGAAGCAGAUUCAGGAGAGGGCCGCUGCCGCCGCCGCGCGAUUCCGAAGCUGAAUCGCCAUGCUUCUUGGGCCCAAGUCAUGUGCAGACCGGCAUGUGCAGGAAUUUUACAUCUAAUGUUUUGUCAAACGGCCGACCUUUUACUUUUGUCUUUUUUUUUUUUUUUUUUUCUUUCC